AUGGAUCCACAUGGGAAUCAGUUUAUACCGAACAAUUUUCAAGGAAGCUUGGCGAAUCAAUUAAAUCGUAAGUCACAUUUUGUUUCUUUUUUCUUGAUUUUAGAGUGUUAAGGAGAAUACGAAUCUUACGGAUGAUAGAGUUUAAUGGAAAAUGACUGUUUUAACUAAAAUUUGAUUUAUCGAUCAUAGACUUGGUGUAGAUAUAACAAAAUUGAUGUAAAAUUAAGCUUUUUGUUAAAUUUAGAUUACAAUACAAAAUAAAACAAAAGGUUUUCGCGAAUCUUUUAAGCUAUGCUUUGUUGAACGCUAGCCAAGCAAUACACAUAGAUUUAAAAAGCAACAACCAUUGAUGUGAUAAAAACAAAAUAAUUAAAAAUUAUAGAGUUGGGAGGCGGACAGAAUGUAAAUCUUGUUCAUACACUAUCUCAAUUAAAUGAUCUCAAAAAUUCAAAUGGAAAUCAACCUCAAUUUAAUCAGAAUUUGAUAAAUUCCAACUACCUACAACAAGAUAUUAACAAUUAUGGUGGUAACACUAAUGGCUGGGGCCAACCUCAAGGCAACGACUGGGACUCUGUAAGGGAUAUAGUUGCUUUGUAUUUUAUUUUAAGAAUAUAAUAACUAUAGUUUUGUAUUGCUGUUCACACUGGGAGGCUGAUAUUAUUGUUUAGGCAAAGAUGGCGGCAAUGUACAAUAUAAUUCAAAAUUCUGUGAAUCAUCGGUAAGAUAUGAUGCUCUUGUUAUUAUUAUCAGUUAAAACAAUAUAAUUCAAACUUAAAAACACAUAAGAAAUUACGUUAUAAAUGUUUAUUUUAUAGGCCAAGCCAAUACCCCAACGCAAAUUUCUUUGCCCAGAACCCAAGUUUAUUCAACAACUCAGUGCCAUCGGUACCAAAUUCCGACUUGAGUGCGUUUUCUAGUUCUUCAUCGACUUCCCUUACUCCCAAUAUGCCUUUUAACACUAUUGAUAACGGGUACAACAACUAUUUUCAGUCUUUGCCAUCGUCUUCAACUAAAGCAAGUUAAUAUUUUCAUAUAAGUUUUUCAUGUUUAGAUGCCUUUGACCAGUCAAAUGGAAACUGAUGCGCUGAGCGAAUUUUUGGACAUUCGACCUGGCAACUUUUUUAACAACCAACCGGAUGAUUUUAGUGCAGGAAGCCAAAAUCAGUUGAAUCAUGGCGUUGGAGGUCUUGAGAGUAAUUUAAAUGGAUUAAGAACUUUGAAUGACAACUUAAAUGCGACUCAACAGAACACAAGCAUGCUUAACAUUAGUCAGGCGGGUAAUUUACAACAAAAUUCAGCGUUUGGAAGUCAAUAUAAUCCAACAACAUCAUGUUAUGGUCAACAAAAUGCUCUUGAUAACGUUUUGAACCCAAGGUUAAGCGGACAUAGUAAUCAACAAGGUUUAAUACCUCCAGAUUUGGCUGGUUUAUCUACUACACAAAUUGGUACGUCAAGGGUUAUGAACAAUAUGAACGCGACUCAAAACUUGAUGACGUAUCAACAAGGUUUAGCUAACACACUAUCGAAUCCAAACCAAACUCAGCUGGGAAAUCAGGUUUAUUACCCUACUGUACCCACAAUCAAUCAGGUUUACAGUAAGGCGGAAAUUGAUUUGGACUCAGUGGAUUUGAAUGAGUUGGCUGAAAAGCUGAGUAAAUAUGAACAAAAUACGAAACCUGUCACAUCUGGUGUUGAUAAAGGGUAUUAUGGCUUCCCUGGAACGUCAACCAACAUUCCGGGGUCUUCUCAAAAAACUGAUUGGUCUAAUAUUAUACCUGGAAGUCUACAAGGACCUUCAAAUCAUCUUCAAGAGGAUUUUCAAAGGUCUACAGCCGCUAAAACAUCAAAUUUUAAAGCUUUGCAACAAGAAAUGGGUCCGCAAAGUGUGCCAAUCGCCCUGUCUAGGACUGGAAAUGGUUUUUCUCAAAGCCCAGGGAGUUCAAUACCAUAUAAUGGACCACAGAGUAACAAGUCCUACCAUGGGCCGGCUAGUAAUGCUUCGUUUCAUGGUGGUAGUCAAAUGUCACAUCAAGGACCAGGUUCUACUUCAUCGUUCCAUGGUCCGGCUAGCCAAAUCUCACAACAUGGGCCAGAGGGCCAAGCCUCGCUUCACAAUCCAGCUAGCCAAUCAUCAGUUCAUGGCCCUAUGAGUCACUCAUCUUUCCAUGGACCACCGAGUAAUAUGUCUGGACUGGCUAUGUCAACUCAUAUGUUUUCACCGCCAGCACAACCAAGUCAUUUACAAAGUAGAGAAGUUCCGUCUGGUUCGUCACAGUCAAAUGCAGUUUCUGGAUUUGAUGAUGUACAACAAGGAGUUGCCAAGUGUACAGAAAACAAUCAACGGAUAGAUAGUUUACAAGGUUUUGGAGGUCACCCAGGCAUUUUACAAAACUUUGAAGCUACGACUCAUUUAGACCCUUCGCAAACGCCUGCGGCUUCUAAUAUACUAGAUACUUCAAAAAACUCUAAUAUUGACACUUCUGGUGAUACAGACAAAAUGUUAGAUAUAGCUACUGAAUUAGCUUUUGGAUUGCCUUCAGAAGCGCCAAGAGAACCUAAAGAAAAGACAGAAAAUGGUUUACAUCUUCAGGAAUUUUCAGAACCUUCAAGGUUACAUAAAGAGUCAGAAGCAGCUGAUCAGUUAGGAAAAGAUUCUACAACAUUUACAGAGUUCAACAAGAAUUCUGUAUCUUCUACCAAGCUUAACAAGGGCUCUAUAACACCUACAGAGCUUGAAAAACCUUCAGAUAGUUCUACAGGAAAUCAAGAAUGUUCAGAAUCUCCUAAAAAGCCUACUGAUUCAUUAGCAUUUGAAGCAAUGGGUUCAGAAAGUCCGAAAAACUUAAAAACAUCUGAGCCAACAGAAGAAAAUAAGGCUUUAAAGCCCUCUUUACCAUCAGAAACAACACUAUCGAAAGAAACAGCAGCUGCAGUAGAUCACAACAAGAAAGAAGAACAAGUAGAAGAAAAGGAAAAAGAAGAUGAAGCGGAUAAAAAUGCGAAACUUAUAGACUUCUUUAAUGGUAUGGCCAGUAGUUUUAAAGUGGAAUUUCCGAAAUUGGCUACCGAAAGCUUGAGUUUGGAUACAGUUGAGGUAAAUUGAAUUUUUAUUUAUUAUACAGCUCUGUAGCUAAAAGUUUUUUUUUCCCCUCCUGCUCUACCCUUACCCACCCCACAUUGCCUUACUUUAUCUUGCCUUACCUUUACCUCAUCCCAGUUUAACUUAUCCUACUCUACUCCACCUUACGCACGCUAACCUAUCCUACUCUACCUUGCCCUACCCUACACUAUCUUGCCCUACCCUAUUCUAUUCUGCUUACUCCUACCCUAAUCACUCCUAUCUCGUUUCAUCCUACCCUAUUACUCAGCACUGAUCUUUACUAUUAUCAUUUAUUUUUAUAAAAAUUAUGUUUUGUAGUUCACCCCACCCGAUUCCCCAACUGAAUCAGCCUCAGCUAACCCUUCAUCAUUACUGUUUUCAACUAUACCAUCAAAUACAACUUCAACAAAUUUGUCGAUGUUUUCUACCUUUAAACCUUUUGAUUUUAACCUACCUCAACAAGGGAAUCAGGGCCUAGUAGAUUCACCAUCAUCAUCUAAACUGAUCUCAUUUCUACCGGAUACAAAGUUGGAAAAGGAUGACAAACUUCUACUUGCUAAGGCUUUGGAUAAGCCUAAAGAAGAGAAAGCGGAAGGGUCGAAGAAGGUGCCAAUUUAUAAGUUGGACUUGAAUGAUCAAAAGGAGGACAAGAAAAGUAUGGAUUUUAAAAACGUUUUAAAAUAAGCCUGAAAAGGUUGUGGAGAAUAAUAUUGAUUAAGGUAGAGAAAGUUGUUUUAGGAAGGGACUAGUUUGGAUUGAGCCCAUUACGAAAGACGGAAUGGGUUAGGGUACGGUAAAGUAGACCUAUGACUCAGCUUUGUGGGCUUAUCACUAAGUUUAGGCUUAGCAAUGUAAUUUUAGGCUUAGAACAAAACUUUAGGCUUAUUAAUCGAAAUAAGGAUUAGUGCAUCAUUUUAGGCUUAGGGAUGUAAUUUUAGGCUUAGAAAUACUAUUUUAGGCUUAGGACACUAAUUCAGGCUUAUUUCUCAAUUUUAGGCUUAGCAACAUAGGCUAGAGUAGGGUUUGACUAAAUUGUUCAAGAUUUUAUAGGGUAGGGUAAAUCAGGGUAGAGCAGUGUAUCUUAAUAGACAAAAAAAACUAAUGGAACCUUUACCUACUAUAAUAUCUUUCAUUUUCUUACAGAAGACUCAAAAAACGUGUACGAUUUUGACGAAGAUGAAUUCGCCAUUCCUUCUGAACCGGUCCAAAAGAAGCCCGAACCAAAACCCAUCCCCAAAAUCUCCAUACCUCAGCCAGUCUAUCAUCCAGUCAAGCCGAAACAUCACCAUCAUCACAAGAACAAGCACGUUAAGAUAAAAAUUAAGCCGAUUGAAGCCGUGCCCGACCAGAAGACUUGUCUUCAAGUUGUCAAAAAACAAUUUGAAGCCAAUUCUGAAGCUGGGAUUCGAGUUUUUCCGUUGCACGAUACUGAUAUUCAAGUGAAUCCGACGCCAAAAGCUUGGCGUUGGGAUUCGGAUCCGAAUGAGAAUACCAAGCUUGAAGUUGUGGUUAAAGAAGAGGUCGAAUCUGAAAGGCCAUCACUGAAGCUGACUAUUAAAAUGACGAAAAAGGAGCCGGCUUCGUACUACGAAGAACCUGAGAAUGUGGAUUCAUACGGUAAUUUUGGGCAUUCAAAGAAAAGACGAAAAGUUAGUGAUAGUGAGGAUGAUGAGGAUGAAUAUCUGCCUAGUGCUGUCAAGAAGUCCAAGAAAAAGAAGAAGAGAAGAGCUUCGGUGAAGGAGUUUGAAGCGUUGGAGGAGUUUGAUAGGUAGGUCUUAAUAUACUUUCUACUACAAUAUCGUGUUUGAAAGGUACCUAUGCCUACAGUACUCUUACACAGGGUACAUAAUGUAAAAUAAGGUAUAUUAGUGGUUGGGUAUGGUAAAAUACGGGCAUGUAAAUAGUAGUUUGGAUAUGGUAAGGUAGAGUAAUGUAAGGUAAGGUAAGCUAAAGUAGGGCAGAGCAAUGUAUUUAGAACAUGGUAAAGCAGGGCAGAGAAAAAUAGGGUAGGGUGGUGAAUGAUAGGCAAGAGUAAGGUAAUUUGCGAGUAGAGACGAGUAAGUAAGGUAAGAUACAGUGGUAGAAGGUGCAGCAGCUCUAUGCUCUUGACCGAAAGUACGGUAGAGAUUUGAUGGUAAAGUAAGGUACGUUUUAGCUGUAUAUCGAUGAGUAGAGUAGGGUACGGUAAGGUAAGAUAAGAUAAGGUAGGGUAGGGUAAUAGAGGUGAAGUACAGUAAUCAAAACUCAAGUUUCAGGCUCUCCCAAUGCAGUUCCACUGAAGCCCACCCAAUCUCAACCCGUCGAAACUCUAUCAUCGAUCCAUUCAAGCAUGCAAAUGACUUAGACGAUGAAACAAAACUAAAAUAUUUGGCAUUGGAGAAAACUGACAACUUGACAAAAGGUGAUUUUGUGGUCGAUAAAUACGACUUGUUGAAUUUGGACAUUGAGGAUGUUUGUAUUUGGCGAGUGGAGAAACAGGUCAAGUUGAGGUUUGAGCCUUGUCAAACUGAAGACAUGUAUGGGUUCUACAACAUGACUGAUCAUGUAAGUGUUGAAAAUGGCUGUCAUUACUGUAGUUUUAAAUAGAAAGCUAAUUUGAUCAACUGGUACUGAUGGUAUUAAUGGUAUUGAUAUUACGACUGUUACUGACGGUACCACUAGUACUACAUGUACCAAAUUUUCAAAAAUUAAGAAUUAGGUUCUGGUGGUUCAUUUUUUGAUUUACGUCCAUUUUUUAGAUUUGGCUACUAUUAGUACUAUUGGUACCACUAGUACUGUUUUUUUUAAAUUUAACGAAAGUAGGUACUUCUGGUACAAUAAUUUUUUGAUCUUUGUUUAUUUUUAAAAUUGGUAUUAAUGGUACCAUUGGUACCACUAGUACAAUAUUGCAAAAAUUUUUGGAAGUUAUAGAAAUUUGGUACUAUUUCAGCUAAUUUUUAUUAAAUUUGUAAAAAUUUUAAUUUUUGGUACAAAUGGUACCUCUGGUACAACUAGUAUAAGCCAAUAGUACUUUAUCUUUUCCUUUUUAAGUACGCCGUCUGGUACGAUGAAAUGAUGUCAAAUUGCAUCAAAAUCAACUGUGAAUACAUUUCCCAAACCAAGAACGAAGCCAUCAUUAGGCCUUUGUAUCCGAUCGACCAGUUGUUCUCGGCCAUACCCAUUGACUCUGAUGACCUGCAGAUUGUUUGUAAUGAUGUUGAUAUGGAAAAGGAGGUUGGUAAAGGCAGAGGAAGGGAUUCUGAAGAGGUUAUGGAACAGGAUUCGGGAAAGAAUGUGAGUAGGAUUCUGGAUUCUGAAAGUAUUCAAGAUUCUGAAGACACGGUAAAUGGGAAGCUGGAUUCAGAAGGCUUGAUAGAUAAAAAUAUGGAUUCAGAAGGCUUGGUAGGUAAAAAUAUGGAUUCAGAAGGCACUACGUUAAAAGAUAUGUGUUCUAAAGGAAUUCUGAAGAGUACUAAGGAUUCAGAAGAGCUUUUAUGUAAUAAAACAUCAUCAGAAGGCGUUAUGAAGGCAACAGAAGAUUCAGAAGGGGUUAUGAUGAUUACCAAGGAUUCAGAAGGCUUCACGAAGACAGCUGAUUCUGAAGGUUUUGCGACGAAGACGAGUGAUUUAGAAGCCUUCAUGAAAAAGACAGAGGAUUCAGGAGGCAACACAAAGAAGAAAGAAUAUACGGAAGGCCUUACGGUGAAGUUAAGACAUUCAGAUGGCACUAUGAACAAGACAGGGGAUUCAGAAGGCAUUACGAGAACAAUAGAAAAUUCAGAAGGCUUAAUGGGUAAAAAUAGGGAUUCAGAAGAGAUUAAACAGAAUAUAACACCAUCCGAAAGCAUUAAAAAGAAGUUAUCGGCUUCAGAAGGCCGAAUGAAGAAGAAUCUGAAUCUGGAAAGAAUAUUGAAAAAGAUAGGUCCGGAGAGCACGAUGAAGAACACUAAUAGUCCUGGCGUGAAAGCUAAAGAAACUCCAAAUUCUGAAGGCUUUGUGCUUCAGGGUUUAGUAGCCAAAGAGACGGUGAAUGCGGGUUAUACUUCUGAAGCUGAUGUGGCUACAGAAAAAGACGUACAAGGCGAUGGUAUUGCUUUGAAAAUUAAUGGUGUUUAUAAGGUCAUACCUAAUAAAAGUCACGAUGAAAACAGAGGUGAAUCUAACGGUCAAAGCACUGUCAAUGGUCUUAAAAAUGCUGUUUGUCAACUACAAGAUUCAGAAGGUCAUCGUGAAGAUUCUGGUAAAACUAUUCAUGGUCAGUUGGAUUCAAGAGGACAUUUUGAAGAGCGUGAGGAUAAUGCUAGACAAAUACAAGUUUCAGAAGGUUAUAGUAAAGAUUCUGAUAGAACUCUUCAUGGUCUUUUGGAUUCAGAAGGUCAUCGUGAAGGUUCUAGUAAACCACUUCUUGGUUUGUUGGAUUCAGAAGGCAAUCGUGAAGAUUCUGAUAAACUUUUCAAUAGCAAGCAGGAUUCUGAAGGUUACUGUGAUCACAAAAAUGAGGUUCAUAGUCUUCCACGUUGUAACAAGAAGUCAGAAGGCAACAUCGAUAAAGAUCUUCAGAUUUUAUUAGAUUCAGAAGUUCACCGUCGAAAAGCUUCAACUUCUGCUACAGAUUCUCAUGUUAACUGUAAUUCAGAAACUCAUGGUGAGAUGUUGAGGCAAGAGGCUACAGAUACUCACGAUAACUGUGAUUCAAAAGCUCAUCGUGAGAUUUCGAAGCAUCAAGCUACAGAUUCUCACGGUAAAUUUGAUUCAGAAGCUCAGCGUCAGAUGUCGAAGCAGCAGACUGCAGAUUCGCUUCUUUUCUGUGAUUCAGAAGCUCAAAAUGACAAACUGAAGCAGCAGACUACAGACUUUCAUGGUAAACAUGAUUCAGAAGCUUUACCAGUUGAAACCUUAAAAUCAUUAAAAUCGACCGUUCUUUUACUGAUAAAAGAAGUCGUCUAUCCUGGAAGUAUUCACAAGAUUCAGAAUGACAACUCCACCCCUCUACUUCACGGUCUACACACAGUAAUAGGGAUGAUAGAAGAUGUGUACUGUAACAUUUUGGAAAAUUUUGAAAUUUUGCAAAAUUUAAAAGAAAAGAUUGACAGUUUCAACAAAAUGGUCAAAAUUCAUGGCAAUUAUGGAAGGAACGCCAACUACGGUAGCUUUUGUGAGGUAGGGUAAAAUACGUCAGCUACAUCUUUCUUCUUGGGGUAUGAAAGGGAGGGGCGGGGUAAAAAUUGGGGUAGAUUUUUGAGGCAGGAACAGAUUUUUGAAAUGAGGGUACGAGUGGAUAUUUAAGGCAGGGGUAGGAGUGAGUUUUGCUUUAGGGUAGCGGUGGGGAUAAGUUUUAGAGGCAUAGGUAGCGGUUGGGGUAAAUGUUUGAAGUAGGGGUAGAUUUUUGAGGUAGGGGUUGGGUAGGGUUGAGAAGGGUAGGACAGGGUAGGUGUAUGUGUAGGGGUGAUGCUUUUUGGUGUAAACUAAAAACGCCAUUUUUCAGAACUGUGAAUCAGAUUCAGAAGUCAUUUUGUACAAUCUAUUCAAUCUUCUAUCUAGCUUAACUACUGUAAUGGAUAACGUAAACACCCGUGUCGAUGAAGAAAUUGAUCAUGAUGAAUUUAGUGAAAAACCAAGUGUUUCGGUAAGGUUUUGACAAUUCUUUUGGCUAAAAAACAGUUUUUGAGUUUUUUUAGAAAUGGAAGUUGAGUGGAAGAUUUUCAGUGCAAAAUACACUAAAAACCUUCCACUAAACUUCCACUUGCAAAAAGGGUAAAGAACGCGUUUUUAGGCAAUUUUAAGGUUUUUUGCAAAUGGAAGUUGAGUGGAAGAUUUUUAGUGCAAAUUACAUUAAAAAUCUUCCACUCAACUUCCAUUUUCAUACGUGCUGUUUUAUGCCUUUUAAUGCCAAUGUAACUAUGAUUUGUGUACUGUAACUAAGCUUUUUGCCUUUUUCAGCCGCUGUUACUGUGUACCAACUGUGAAGGGUCAAUAAGUAAACUCCAUAAUGUUAAACAUUGUCUCGACCACCUUUUUGAUGAAAUUCGACAGGAAUUCAUUGGAAUGUGCAUUAAUAGCCCCGUAAAGAAACAAACCACUGCUUAUGACAAAUUUUGUGGCAACAAGGACUUCAUUGAUAAGGUAAAAUACGGAUUUUUGUCCCUACCUACUAAAUUUAAAAUUUUUAAAAUUUUUUUUGAAAGUUGAAAUCUUUAAAAUUGAUAAAAAUAACAUUUCUAGUAAUGUUAUGCCAUGUCAUGACAUUAUUUUCAAAAAUUUCAAUGUUUUUCACUUUCAGAUGGCCACAAAAUAUGCCAAAAUACUAAGUCAAGACGUAGAUAACGCCUAG